CCUAGCAGGAGGAUGGGUGGCGACGGGCCGGCGAUCGGCGUCGACCUCGGGACGACCUACUCGUGCGUGGCCGUGUGGCGGCCCUCCCACAACCGCGUCGAGGUCAUCCCCAACGACCAGGGCAACCUCACCACGCCGUCCUGCGUCGCCUUCACCGACGACUGGCGGCUCAUCGGCGACGCGGCCCUUAACCAAGCCGCAAGGAACUCCGUCAACACCGUCUUCGAUGCGAAGCGACUGAUUGGCCGGAAAUUCAGUGAUGCGUCCGUGCAAGGAGAUAUGAAGCUAUGGCCUUUCAAAGUCGUUUCAGGUCCUGGUGACCGACCGAUGAUGGUGGUGCAGUACAUGGGCCAGGAGAAGCAUUUCACGGCAGAAGAGAUCUCCUCCAUGAUGCUCAUCAAGAUGCAGGAGACUGCCGAGGCCUACCUCGGCACGUCGGUGAAGAACGUUGUCGUCACCGUCCCGGUCUACUUCAAUGACUCCCAACGCCAGGCCACCAUUGACGCCGGUGUGAUUGCUGGCCUCAACGUCAUACGCAUCAUGAACGAGCCCUCCGCAGCAGCCAUCGCCUACGGCCUUGACAAGAUGUCCGGCAAUGGUGAAGCGAAGACGGUACUCAUCUUUGAUCUCGGCGGCGGUACUAUGGAUGUCUCCAUUAUCAGUGUAAAAGAUGGUGUCUUCACUGUCAAGGCCACGUCCGGUGACACCCACCUUGGCGGGCAGGAUCUCAACAACCGGAUGGUGGAACACUUUGUGGAAGAUUUCCUCAAGAAACACAAGAGUGACAUCAGAGGCAGCCCGAGGGCUCUCAUGCGUCUGAGGACUGCCUGCGAGAGGGCCAAGAGGAUGCUGUCCUCCAUGGUGGAGGCCAAAUUUGAGAUCGACUCGCUGCACGACAGCGUUGACUACUAUGGGAGGAUCACUCGUGCCCGUUUCGAGGAGCUCAACAUGGACCUGUUCCGUAAGUGCAUUGAGCACGUUGAGAAAUGCCUCGGCGAUGCCAAGAUGGGCAAGUCUGAGAUCCACGAUGUCGUGCUCGUGGGCGGCUCCACCCGGAUCCCCAAGGUGCAGCAGCUGCUCCAGGAUUUCUUCGAUGGGAAGACGCUCUGUAAGAGCAUCAACCCCGAUGAGGCCGUUGCCUACGGCGCAGUCAUCCAGGCUGCCGUCCUCAGCAGCGAGUGCGACCGCAAGGGGCAGGAUUUCCUCCUGCUGGACGUCACCCCGCUCUCGCUCGGAGUCGAGGUGGUGCCUGGUGCCAUGAGUGUGCUGGUUCCCCGCAACAGCACCAUCCCGGUUAAGAGGAAGGGGCGGUACUGGACCACUUAUGACAACCAGACUCACGUGAGCAUCAAGGUGUACGAGGGUGAAGGGGAGUUGACGAAGGACAACAGGCUCCUGGGCAAGUUCGUGCUCAGCGGUCUCACCCCAGCGCCGAAGGGCGUGACGAAGAUGACUGAAACCAUCGAAGUCGAAGCAAACGGCACCCUCAAAGUGACAGCGGAGGAGAUGACAACUGGAAACAGGAAGAGCAUCAACAUCAUCACGAACAAGGGCGGGCUGAGCAAGGAGGAGAUCGAACGCAUGGUGAAGGACGCCGAGAAGUACAGGUCGCAGGACAAGAAGAUGAUAAUGAAAAUGAAGAAGGAAGACCAGGAGGGCUGGCUAAGCAAGGAGGACUUUGAGAGGAUUGCGCAGAAUAGUAGCAAGAAGCAGCCGUCCGAGGACAAGAAGCAAGUGAAGAAAAUUAAGAUGGAAGAAGGUGAGGGUUGGCUGAGCAAGGAGGACUUCGAGAGGAUAGUGCAGCAUGCCAAGAAGCAAAGCAAGAUCAUAUAG